CUUUUCUCUACUUUGUAUACAGAGAAGACACAGCCUAGAGAUGGUGAAUGCUUUUAUAUAAAUUACCCAACAUGACAGCAUGGGAACCAGAACUUAGAUCUGUCCACUGCCUGGAGACAUGGGGCUUCUCAGCAUCUUGGGAGCACUUAGUGUGUGCUUUAUAUCAGGAGAUGAGAGAGUACUCAGGCACUCUCUCAUCUCUUAGUAUCUCCCCCACCCCCCAAAAAACAACAACGACAACAACAAACCCUAUCCUUAAGUAGCUUCCAGCCUUACUGGGAAGAUGGAGAUCUACAUAGACAUGGAAAGUGAAGCUUGAAUGAGUUCUGGGGGGUGUGGAGAGGAAAUUGGUGUGGAAAUGAGAGGUGGAGUUUGUUUAGAAGCAAGUAAGAGGUAGUUCACGGGGAAUGCUUAGGGACCAUAGGGAGUAAGGAAGUAUAGGGGAAAUCACUAAUAAUUUCUUGCGUCUGUGUAUUCAUUUACUGUUAUCAUAACAAGUGAGCACCUUGAGCCAGGCUAAAGAAUUUGGCAAAAGAGAUAGCAAGUCCCUUGGAGGGUUUCCCAAUAGGAGAGAAACGAUUUAAGAAACUGUGACUGAUUUUUGGUAGACACUUGGCACAAACAGGGAGUCUGAGCCUCCUUAGGAGAGUGGGAAAGGCAGUGUAUUGUCUUUGUGGUCUUUGUGUUGUAGUCAGGAUCACAUGGGGAUCUAGACUGGGGUAAGAAAGGAAGUUGCUGGAAACCAGAUACCAAAGCCAAGUUUUCCAAGUUACAAGAAUUAACCCAUUCCAAUUUCUAACCAAAGUAGAGCCCAGCUCACCUCCAUCCUGGACAUAGAAAGCCAGGUAGACCAGCCCCUUCCUGAAUGCAGCCUUAGCUCAGACCCACUUGUAAUUAGAGAUCAGAGAAAUAUAGGAGGAGAAGCAAGAGGAUGGUGAAGAUUUAUUGAUUGCCUGCUCUGUGCUAGGUGGAAUAUUAGAUGUUUUAAGUCAUUAAGUUAGUCAUUUACUAUUCACAAUAGUAAAUAAUCUUGAUAAUGGUAGUUGUCUCAUUUUAUUGAUGUUGAACCAAGGUUUAAAUUGAGACAUUUGCCUAAGUCACACAGUGAAGUGCAAGAAUUGAGAUUAAAACUGAGUUUCCGUCUGAACCCAGAAUACUUUUUCCUUUGCCCCACCCAUCCUUGCAACCUGCUCCUCUGUACCUCUGUCAAACAAGAACCAGCAAAGACCAGGAUAUGAUGCAGGAUCUACUUCCCACAGGACCAUCUACCUAUGGACACUCACUUUUAAGAAGCAGUGAACUACAAGAUAUAAUAUAAUGAUGUAAUGAUGAAUGUCAGGUUCUAUGCUUGGGACCAACCAUAAGACAAAGCUUACAAAAAGGUUACUCUUAGCUUAGGCUGCAUUAAUAGAAAUGAGUAUCUAUAACCUCCAGAACAAAACCUACAUAUCCAAAGUAUAAGUUGAUUUCUAGGUGCCUUGUUUGAAAGAGGGGGAUAGUUCUAUGGAGCAGUAAAGACUAGAAAGUGGAAGAAUAAAUUCUAUCUUCGAACAUAUUAAGGGCUCUUACAUAUGAAAAAGAUCAGAGAUGUUGUGUGUGACAAGAUGGGCAAACUAAGACCUUGGUGGAAGCUACAGAGAGACUGAAGCCAACUCAGCACAAGGAUAAAACUGUCCAAAGACUGUCUCAGGAGAUGGUAAGUUCCCUUGGGACUGGAGUAUACAAGGAUAAUCACAGCUAACAUUUUGAGGACCCUUGCUCUAUGCCACACCCUGUACUGAGUGCAUUACAAAAAUCUCUCAGUUAAUCCUCACUGUAGCCCUAGAAAGUAGUUCCUUUUAAUGUUCCCAUGGUUUAGGUGAGGAAACUGAAGUUUAUACAUUAGCUUGCCCAGGGUCAGGCUGAUUCAAAGGGUCUUCUUCAUCAUGGACCCUCUCCAUCACAGGUCAGAGAACCAAGGAUUCUAGUGUAGGUGCAGCUUGGAAGGACUCCUUCCUAGGAAGUAGUGAUCCUGCUUUUUCCUAAGGCAGGAUUCCUAGUCUCCUACCCCAAUAUGUCAGAGCCAGAGCCAGGCAGAGGCUGUGGUGACUACCAGGAGGUGGGACAAAGUGAUAAUCCAACCCUCCAGUAUCCGGCCACUGCCUUUCAAUGAUUCUGGGAACCCUUGGAGUCAGUGCCUUACUACUUUGGUCUCCUAGGUUCCUCUCGAGUUCCAUUCUAGAAAAAGGAAGUGGCUGGCCCUGGCAGUUUUAAGGGGCUGUGACCACAGGGUGGCAGCAGUGCUUCAGCUGCAGAGGAAGAGCGGCGAGGCAGGUCCUAAGCAGUGUCCUCUCGUGAAAAAGGGGGUCUUGUCUACAAAGUUGAAGCCAUUCUCUAUUUCUGGGGCCCCAAAUUCCUUCUGUAUCUCACUUUUCUACCCAUGGGCAAAUCUCAGAGUAAGGAUUCCAUUUUUAUCCCUCAAAGAGGCACGUAAAUGGGUGUGAAUGGGCUGGUGAUACUGCCUGCCAGACUGCCAGGCUGGGUCAUCCCAGCCGAUCUGGAGUCUCCCCUUCGCCCAAGUCUGAUCCUGGCUCUUCCAUUCCAUUCUCUCAGUUCCAGCACAUAAUGCCAAACUCUUCCUGACAGGACUUCAUGCAUUAUUCCAGAAGUUAGGAAAGAGAAGAGGUGAUCAAUUGGAGCUCUCCAACCUGUUGAGGGAUUGGGGGUUCUUGUAAGGCCCCCCAGGGCCUGACUCUCACAAAGCGUCUGCAAUUAAUGAUGCUUCCUGAGCUCUGGAGACAGGAUUUAUGCAUCUAAUAAAGUCUAUUACUCCAGGCUUAAGGGCUGGGGGCCGGAGGCUGAGAGCAGGGAGUCCCAGGGGGACCAUGGGAGAGGGGCCCCAGGCGACUCUUAAUGGAGUGGUGCAUUUCCAUUGCCUGCUCUAGAUUCCCCCACAGGCUGCUGUGGGCGGGGGAGACGGGGGACAGCAGGUAUAAGAGGCAGGAGUGGCUGUAAGAAGGCAGAUGGCAGCAUGGAUUCUAGGUGGGCAGCCAUGCUGCUGGUAUUGCUGCUAAUAGACUGGGGCCACGCUGAACAACCUAGGGGCCAGGAUGGAAGAGAUGAGAUCGUUAUGGAGGAAGACAACAGACUCCACCCACUGCAAGAUGCCCAGACCCCUGGGUCACUCUGGCGCUCCCUACUGCAGGCCAUGCUGAGACCUGGCCAGAGCCCAGCCUUCCUGUUUCAGCCCCACAGGUUUGGCAGAAAUACCUGGGGGUCCUGGAACAACAAUCGGCUGAGCCCCCGCGCUGGGGAGGGGCUGAGCUCCCAGUUCUUGAGCCUGGCUGCCCCCCAAUGCUUUGGGAAGAAGUGACAUGCCAUUUCCUGAUGUGUAUGCAUGUAAGGCCCACACCCCAAAGUGCGAUGUGUUCCCCAAAUAAAGAUGUCUGGC